UGGCGCCCCCUGCUUUUUCUUCGGUCAAGCGAGAAACCAAUGGACCUGCAUACGAAAAAUGGAAUGCGGAGAGAGUUCAGUGAAAUGUAGAUACCGAGUGACUUUUUAAAUCAUUUUUCAAAUAGAUUUCGUCGUAAAAAUUGCAGAAUAUUUUUUUUAAAAAUGACGCCAACGGUACAUAAUACGAAGAGUUCUAUCUGUGAGACAUUAAAAGAUUUCAUUGUAUUAGUCGGAAAAAUUGUGUUAGCAUUUUUACAAUCUACAUAUCGCUGCAUAGUUCCUAACUCGAAACAAUCCCUGAAAAACGAAAUCGUUUUAAUCACGGGAGCAGGAAAAGGAUUGGGCAAGGAAUUGGCUCUGAAAUUUGCAGAACAAGAAGCUUUGGUCGUGCUGUGGGAUAUUGAUGAGAAAAGUGUCCUGGGAGUGGAAUCCGAAAUACGUGAACGCGGAGGAUCAGCCCGUUCAUACGUUUGUGAUGUGAGCAAUGAAAACCAUGUAAAACAUGUCGGCAAGCUCGUGCAGGGUGAGGUGGGUGACGUCACUAUCUUAGUCAACAAUGCCGGUAUUUUCCAUAAUGUGUUCUUCACUGACCUAGACUGUGAUAAAAUCAGAAGAACAAUAGAAGUCAACCUUUUAGCACAUUUUUGGAUGAACAAGUUUUUCCUCCCUAAGAUGUUGGAAAUGGAGAAGGGGCACAUCGUAGCUAUUUCUUCUAUAGCUGGAUUAUUAGGAUGGCUGUACAUGUCAGAUUACAGUGCAUCGAAGUUUGCCAUGCAUGGUAUGAUGGAAGCUAUUGAAGAAGAAAUAAGAAUACUUGGAAAAAGCAGUAAAAUCUUUUUUACAACAGUUUGCCCGCUAACUUUGGAUAACGGUCUCAACCAGAAUCCAACGACAAGAUGUCCUUUACUGCUUCCCAUUGUAAACGUAAAAGAUGCUGCUUCAGAUAUCAUAGAUGCUGUUCAAAGAGAAGAGCGGUUAGUUACUGUUCCUCGGAGAUGUCUCUUUCCUAUUUUCGUUCUGAGGUUAUUUCCAAGGAAAGUAACUCAACUGAUUCUUGAUUUUCUGCAGUAUAACAUUAUCCCUCACAAUUUAGAAAAGGUAAUUCCCACUCAAGAAGAGACAAACUGAUGCACCUUUGGGAUCUGAGGAUGUAUAUUUGAAUGAACAAAAAAAGUGUACUUAUCAAAAUAAAUUUACAAAUUUCACAUUAAA